UAGAUCCUAAAGAGAUUUAUUGCCAAGUCGUACGUAUAUCAUGUCCUAACCUAGAAUGUCUUUCCCCCUUCGUGUCAUUUUACCCGGUCGAUAUUAACGAACGACACGCGUUUAUUCAAUGUCCUCCCACGCCGUAUCAAGUAGAAUGACACAAAGACACUCAAUAAUUACUGGGACAUUCAUGUACUGUUACUGGAAGUACAUGUUUGUUGACCUUGUUGACCUGCCAAGCACGACCGAUCACCAAUUGGCCUGGAAAGAAAAGCUGACACUAGCAGCAUAGUGGUUUUCAGAGCUUACUGUUCAAUUGCAGGCACCUGGCUCCAAGGGAGGAACAAAGGGUCACCCAUAUGGCGGCGACCUAAGCCUGUCCCACCUAGAGA